UUUAAAAUGCAGUUUGCAGGUGUUUAAUUUGUUUAACAGGAUCACUCACAAAACACACACAGUAAGAUGAACCAUGUACAGUUUGUUGUGUGUCCCAGCAACAGUAUAUCAUAGUACAAGUCAAUUAUCGCUCAGUAAUUAUUGAGCCAAUUCCACUUAUUUCAACACCAUUAACAUGUCUUUGAGAUGUUCUUUUGCACAUUUUGAGUCAGUUGCACUUUACAUGUUGAACAUUUGUGCACAGGAAUAAACUAAAAUGACUCUAUAUAUCUCAGAUUAUGCAAAACCAAACCAAAAUAAUGUUUUCUUCUGGCACAUUUCCCAAAGUUAACCCCCCAGUUGCUGUAAUGGAUAUCAGCUCUGACUCCCCUGAUGUUAGAUGUCAUCUGCUCAUCAACUGCAAAACAGUGUGAUUUCUAUCCCACUGUGGUUUUAAGUAGCAACACAAUCUACUCAGUCUGUUUUGACUGGCUGAUUAGAAACACAUUUCCCAUCCAAUAUCAACCAAACACUAAAAAGCAGGAUGUGGAUUGUGGAGUAGUGUUAGUGGAAAGUGUGAAACUUCGCUCUCAGCCAUCUGAGUACACAGACUGAGCCUCUUUCAUAACACAGCUCCUCUACCCUCACCAACUUCUGGAACCUGGAGUUCAGUCAUGAAUUUGGACCCCAUCCCUCUGUGUAGUCUGCAUGGGUGGAGACAGGAAGAGGCAGAGGAUGGUCCAUCAGACGUCACCACCACUUCCCAUCUCUCCUGUUAGACCUCUCCUUCUCCUCAGUCAGGAUUGAUGGUGAGUGGGGAUGGACAGGAGUCACUGCAUUGUGCAAUAGGAGCCGUGCGCACUGAAUGAAAACCUAUAGAUCGCAUACUGGGAGGAAUUUCUGGCUUCAAGGCGUCGUUGGAUUUGCAAACAACUUCAGAGCGCAUUCUUUGCAUUUUGCGCUUCUGCCUUUUGGUUUUGCGCCUCCUUGGAUGUUGCGCCACGCUGCACGGCGUCUGCCAGCUGGCACAAGUGAUAUCGUACAGUUUACAGUGCGCAGGCAAUAACACACGGAUCCGCACCAUUUUCCAGUGGCAGGAACUCGAGCUGAUGAGCGCGCCCCACCUUUUCCUCUCCAACUAUUGAGCGUCUCCAACAUGCUGUUAAUCGCGUUUGCCAGAUGAUACCUGUUGAUUUUUCGUCGCGCCAUGUCCUUCUGUCGGACUGAAGUGGACAAUGAAGUUAUGGGAUAGCCUGACCACUUGUUUGAUACUGCUGAGCGCCGUGCACGCCAGCCGGCUGCUCCGGAGCCGAACGCAGUCCACGUCCGCCAAGAGGAGAGGGCGCGCCGCCGAGACUCCCCUGGAGCUCCCGCCGGUUCAGAUCCGCCUGUCUGUCACUUCCCCGGGCAUCAGCCGCGCUGAGGGGGAUACAGCGGACUGGGAAGAGACGCUGGCUGGAGGAGAAAAAUACACCAUGGAGGAGCCCGCUCCAAAUGAGUUUGAAGACGUGGUGGACUUCAUCAAAGUGACCAUCGGCAGAAUACGUCGCUCCUCCUCAUCCACCGUGUCCACAUCUACCUCGUCCUACACCACCUCCUCCCCCUCCAAAGAAGACUUGAGCAGCAGAACUCGAAACAGAAGGGAGAGGAAGAAGGGGGCGAGCCAGCAGAGUGGAGGAGGAAGAGCAAGAGGAGGGGAGACGGGGAGGAAGGUCAGAGGAGGAAGAGGUAAUGGACGAGGACAGGGCUGCGUGCUCAAACAGAUUCAACUCAAUGUGACGGACCUCGGUUUGGGCUACCGCUCCAGCGAGGAGAUGAUAUUCAGGUACUGCUCUGGACCCUGCAGGAAGUCUGAGACCAACUAUGACAAAAUCCUUUACAACCUGGCUCACAACAGGAAGCUUCCUCACAAAGAUACGCCCCCUCAGGCUUGCUGUCGGCCAAUAGCGUUUGACGAUGAUCUCUCGUUUCUGGAUGACAACCUCGUCUACCAUACCGUGAGGAAGCACUCCGCCAGGAAGUGUGGUUGUGUGUAGGGAGUGCGAGCUGGUGUCAGGAUUUAUGUAGUUUUACGUUGACUCCCACUUUGAAGAAUUAUGAGUGUUUGGUUUUUUUUCGAUCUUACUCACUGUGAGGAAACUUUCAGGCAUCGUGUGGCCGUUUAUGACAUGAGUUCAACAGUAACAUGGCGACGAGGUGGCGUCACAGCAGUUUUUAGAAAUGAUCCUCUCCUCCUUCAUGGCUCAAUCACAUCCAAUUUCCUUUACAGUUUACACCUGACGUCGUUAAUGUGUUCAGUGUGAGUUUAAACGUUUCCCUGGAUACUCAACAUGAAGGACUGAAAUCAAUCAGACACAACAGAUGGUUCAGCAGACUCACUCUGUCUACUGUAUAGCACACAUGUUACACGGAAAAAGUUAAACGCAUAUGAAAUGUAUUUAUGAAAUCUUGAAUUUAUUAACUUAUUGAUAUUUAUUUUGUUUUUAUAAAAGGAAUACAUGUUAUUUAUUACUGUAAUGUGAUAUCUCAGAGUGUGCCAAAGGUUUUAAUCGAAGAGGUUUAUGAUUUAUUUCCACAUAAAUGCAGUAAAAGGCUGAGUGGUUUAAACUGUGAAAUGAUCUUUUAUAGGUGCCCUGUGGAGGAAACAAACAAAAGUCUCAUGUGCAUUCAGUGAUUCUCCCCAAAAAAGACAUUUUGUGUAUCCUAUAGUUCGAACAAAAGAGUUUAAUAUGUUUUCUUCCACAUAAAACAUUUGCCAAGCUGAUUUUUAAAAAGAAUAUUUUUAAAUCAUGCAUUGUUUACAUACAUGUUCAUUAGCCUGCAAUCUUCUUCUUUGCCUUUACUUUUGUAUCACUCAGCUUCUUUGCUCUACAGCACUACUAGUGUUCAAAAACUCCACAGGACACCUUUAAAGGCUUUUCGUUCACAGUAAAUCCACCUCAGUAUCUUAACGUUUACAAUGUUCCACUAUUUUAGUAUCAUUUGAUGGCAUUGUUUCCUGUUUUGGUUUUUAAUUAAUGAAGUGAGAAAAUAUCAAAACCUUUCAUUGUCAUAUUCAGAAGAGUCGUUGUUCAUUCACUGCUAAUGUCACGUCCUCCUCUCAGAUGAAUUGCUGUGUUAGUGAAAUAAGACUUCCUCACUUAAGAAACAUAACUACAGCUUUAUUUUUU